AUGGAGCGCGGCUUCACGAAAGAGGACAGCGCCAUCUCGCCCGCCACUGGCAAGGCAAUCAGCCAACACGAAGCAGCGGGACUGAAAAGCCUGACUAAGGAACAACACCUUCGGUUUUGGGAAGAAGUCAUUUAUUGGAACAAAGAGCGCUUCACCGAGGCGAAAUGGCGGCAGGCGAAGAAGGAUAUCUUACGGGCUAAGAAGGAACAUUGUAUGAAGGUGCUCGGGUGGGUUCCUCCUCCUCCGCCUGUACAUUCAAUCGUCACUCCAGGUGGACGGCAGCUGCUGCUUUAUAGUUCGGCUUCAUGGACUGCGCCUACGGGUGCACAUCCCCUUCGGCCAGCGCACCUUCCGCGCUUCGAGACUGCGAGUCCUACUACACCGCGGCCGCGAUGGGAGAUCCUGUCUUCCGGUCCUGGGACGCCGCGGUCGGCUACUGCUGGACCUAUUAAGAAUUCUUUCGCGGAAGGUGGGUUUUGGGAGUCACUCAUCUCCCCGAAGACGCCUGUUACGGCUAUACCGAUUCCAACGACACCUGUUACCGCCGUCCCGCCUUCGCCAUGGCUUCCUAAUAUUCCUUCUAUAGACGCAGAAGCCAAAGCUACAUAUGAGGAAAUGAAGACAUCCGUCAGCAAAAUGGCCCUCAAGGUCUGCGCAAGUCGCCACACUCUCCGCCGCUCUUUCAACAGCGAUAACGACGUCAUUCAUCCGUCUAUGGUGCGUCCAAAAGACACCUUCCUCGCCGCUCAACUCACUCUCGGCUCACUUAAACUCCAUCAACCUCUUUCGACAUACAUCGACGCCUCCCUACCCCAGAAACUAGACUCGCACGCCGAUGACGAAGCAGCCGGCGCGAAACAAUAUCGCAUUUACCGGCGAGACCAACUGGAUGAUGUGGAUAGCUGGCUGCAGUUUGAUGCGCAGACAGGGGAGUUGACUACGAUUUUGGAAGCUCAGCGCGAUCUACUCAAGAUGAACAAGGAUAGGCGGAAGAGUAGGGAGAUUGCGGUAGGCGAGAAGGGGGUGAAGCUCGCGUGGGCUGUCAAGGUUCUGGAUGAUUGUCAGUACUUUGCCGACAUUGCCGCAGACGGCGAAAGUGAGGGUAGCGACGAGGGGUAUGAGUACGGUAACUUCGUUCGAAGCCUGGGAGAUGGCGAUGGCAGUUCCUUGCGGUCGAACAGCUCUACGCUCGACCUCACCUUGACACAAACCAACAGCUCGAACGCUCGCAGCAGCGCUACAGAAGACAGUCUCAACCUGACUCAACGCUCAUCCAGCAGCCCCAUCAAACCAACCCACGACCCCAGCUCCGACACCUUACCACUCCGCACCCGGAACUACACCCUCUCCAACCUCUCCAACGCCACCAACCCAAACAUCUACACACCACCCCCCUCCCACGCCCACAGCAUCCGCCGCAGCAACGCCACAGCCACUCCUUCGUCUUCCGCAUCCCGUCGUAACAGACAGGGUAGUCUCUGGAUCAAUACUAGUCUAGCUAACCCUUCUGUCAGUGCGGCUAGUACGAUGAGCCCGCAGGAAAGGGGGACGAGACACAAAGGACCCAGUAUCGAGGAUUUGAGCGGGUGGGCGGAGGAACUGAAGAAGAUGGAGAGGAAGAGGUUGGAGAUGAGGGGGGAUGGGGGUGUUGGGAGGAUUGGGAGGCCUGUGGGGGCUGGGAAGCCGAGACAGUUGAGGUGGUUUAGUAAUACUGAGGGGGGUGAUAGUGAGGAUGAUGAGUUUAGGGUGGAGAAAGAGAUGGUGAAAAAGGAGGAGGAGGAAGAGAAAGAUGCGGAGGGCGAUGGCUUGACGAUCAACGGGUCCGUUCACCCUGCGUUAAGGGAACGUGGUCACGACACCGAUAAUGGCAUUACGAAUUGGCGUGACAACGUCGACUUGUCACAAGGAGAAGAGAGGAACAGAGGUGCAAGCGGCGGCAGCACCAGCACAGCUAGUUGGCGCUGCGAAACUGCUUCUAUCGUCGAGCGGGAAAGUCGGCCUUCUAGCAUGGAUAUGGAUAACGAGGUCUACCAUACCGAAGACGACGGCCAGGCAGUCGAUCACGACAACGACAACGACCACGACCACGAAAUCGACAACCCGUUCGACGACCCCUCCAACGUCGAACCGUCUGACUACUACCACUCCGAUACCAAUGACUCUCCUACAAGGACACCAAGACCGACUACGCCAAUCCACCCCCAGCGCACGUCCUCCUUAUCACCGACACAUGCCCCGAUCAAGAUGUCUGCACUGUCAACACUUCGUGCUCCGGCAUCGACUCCAGUUAUUCAUCAGGAAGGAACACUGCGUCUCGAUCCACCGCGCCGCCCACCACCACCGAACCGACCACCUCCUCCACCGAUGCCGUACUGUAACAUGCGUCCACCGGCGCCGCGGCCAACGGCUGGUGAGGGAAUGAGCAUGCCUAUGCCGCGGUAUAACAGACAAGCUACUACGUCUUAUGAACGGCAGUUGGGUCAGAUUUCCGCUGUACCGACAUCGUCAUCGUUCAUUGAGGUGGUUAAGAGACAGGAGCAGGGACAGGAACGGGGUUUUGCGCCAUCGGAAGGUACUAGUGAGAAGCAGACUGAAAAACAGAGGAGUGUAAGUAAAGCAAGUCUAUUACAGGAAGUUGUGCAGUCACGGGGAGGCGGAGGAGGACAACAUACGCGUAUGUGGAGUAAAAGCAGUGGGAACGCCAAGGACGGUGCGAAGAGUAAGGAAGAAGAGGAGUGGGAUGAAGAAUUGAAACGGAUGGAAGGGAGGGAGAGGGCGAGGCAGGUUAGUGGGAAUGGGGGGUUCGUAGGCUGA